AUGAAGGCAGCCCAAUCGGUCCAUCUUCGAAAGAUGCUUCCGAAGGUUCUUCUCAUCGCCGUCUUGGCUCUGGCCUUCGUCAUGGCAGCUCCGCCAGUGUCCUCAGAGGAGGACGGUGAGGCUCAAUUCAUUGUUCUUCUAAAGCUUUCAUUUCAGAUUUUUCCGACCUCAUCGACGAUAGUGAACUGGCCAUUUUCGAACUAGGUGAGUCUGAUGAUCUUCAAUAGUGAAAAUAUGGAAGUUUCUCAGCCGCGAUGUCUCCACAACUUCGAGCCUACUUGCGCUGCGUUCGCCGAUGCCGCAGAAAGGGACCGAAUCCGGCUUGCGUCAACCGAUGCAAGAAGACUCAUCCGUUCCCGGUAUGAUCAAUGUCCAGUCUGAUUCGAGGCUCACUUUAGAACUAGAAUAAUCCCACUGAAAGAAGUUCUGAGCGAAAAGUUUUUUUUUUUCAGUUUUCAAAGAAGGAACAUUCAAUCUAGAAGCCUGGGUAUUUCUUCUUACAAAAAUUUUCUGAUUGAGCCAUUGUGUCGAGUUUCUCAUAAGGAACAGUUAUGGAAGAACAUUCAAGGGACAAGGCGGAAAGCCAGGCGGCAGCAAGCCAGGAGGUGGCGGUGGUGGAGCCGCUACUCCAGCUCCGGCCGCGACGACGACGGCAGCUGGAGGAGCUGCGACUACGGCUGCCGGAACUGCGGGUGGAGAAACGACUACGGCGGCUGGUGGUGCCGCGACAACUACUGGUUUGUUUGAAAUCCAGAAUUCUGACGACUCAGUUGCAUUGUUUUCAGCUGCAGCUUAA